AUGGUGAUUUCUAUUGAUGCUGUCCUUUUCCUCAACGGAUUGACUUUGAUUACGGUACAGGUCCAGGCUUUUGACCCAGUCGCAGUAUUCCGAUUGGACUGAAGUAUUUUGGGUCCAAGUUUCAGACCGAUCGGAUUAUUCACUACAGAGAUAUGUAAAUCAGAGGCUGAAAUACCGAAAUGUUCGUGAAAACCCGAUCUUUUUCGCUUAUGAUUCACAUUUCUUGGAACCAGAUAUUCGGACCGGUCUGAAACCUGGACCCAACAUACUUCAAUCCAAGUCCAAAAAGUCUGCAAAGUUUACUUCCGAUCAGAAUAUUGGAACUGGGUCAAAAGUUCAGUUUUUGCCGAGCCCUGCCGAAAAGCCAAUCAUAUCCGAUACUUCAGAGCUGUGCCCUCUUUUUUUGCGGCAAAAAAGAGAAACAGAACAAGUGCCCAGUGAGGCCAGUGACCCAAUCGAUGAGAGUUGUGAGUGGAAAAAGGGAUGGGGUCAAGAAAGAGAGGGAAAGCAUUCAGGCACCGAUGUCGGAUGCAAUGACGGACAGUACGCGGACGGCGAUGGACACGAGCGAGAAGAAAAAGAAGAAGCAGGGCGUCGAGGAGAAAGGGUCCCGCAAAUCACGGAAGAAGAAGAAGAAGAAGACGGACGUGUCGCAGAGGGCGAGCAGGAAAAACAAGAAGUCGGAGAAGAAGGGACUGAAGAGUCUGUUGAGCAGGAGCAGAGUUCCCGAGGCAUCCACGCAGCAGGACAUGGUCCGAGUGUUCCCAACUGACCAUUCAAUUAUAACCCUUUUCAGAGCAACGAAAGGAUUAGGAAGCAGAAGGCGCCUUCCGCAAGGCCCGGACAACCGACGAGUCAGCCAUUGUAACCCCUCCCUCCAUCUCGUGCUCAUUCCAUUCUCCGUUCAUUUCAGAAGUCACAAUCCUCGCAGCGGAGUCACUCCUUCUGCUCAGCCACUCACGGCUAAGACUGCUCCGUCGAUCAAAUCGCUGCCGCCGAACACCAACAAUCCGGCGGUUCCGUCCCCUGCGGCCACUCCGGUCACUGAAGUGAAACCGUCGCCAGACGGUGGGUUACAGAAAAAGGAAGACGGAGUGAUUGUGGUCAUUUCAGCGGCAGGCACUCCGAGGUCGGCAGCAGUCAUGAACGGAGCGGAGACGAAAGCGACGAAUUCGAUGCCCGCGUUCUGA